AUGGCCCAUCAAGCAGCCCUGAUCUUCGGCCCGCAGACAACCCUCCCCCCGCCCUCGCUCACCUCUCAACUCCGCGCAGCUCUCCUCCUAAAUCCCCGUCUAUACCCUCUCCGCAAAUGCAUAGAGUCGCUCCCGGCAGUCUGGCCAGUCCUCGUCUCCGCAGACCCCGCACUGGAUCAAGUCCCCGGCGUCCGCGCCCUCAAGGACUUGACCCGCUGGCUCUCACACGGCGAGUUCCCACCGGCAAAAGCGAUCUCCGAACUCCCCUCUGCAUUCGUCACACCCUUUACAGUUAUCCUGCAUAUCGUGCAGUAUCUAUCCUACACGGACUCGAAACACGGUCCCGGGCCGCGACAUGAGCAUGUUCUCGAGUCUGUGCGGGAUCAGGGUGGUGUACAGGGGUUUUGCAGUGGGCUCCUUGCCGCGGUAACCGUUGCGACGAGUCCGGAUUUCGAGAAGGUAUUUCGGCGAGCAGAGGUUGCGCUAAGGCUGGCGGUUGGUAUCGGCGCGUAUAUUGAUCUGGAUUGCGUGGGGUCGAAGAUCAGUUCGAUUGCCAUCAAGUCGAGGCCGGCGACGCCGCGGAAUGAGCUGCAGGGGUAUUUUGAUGAGCUUGAAUCGACAUAUGUUUCCGUCGUCACAGAUGCGUCGAGCAGCACGGUCACUACACCCACACCGUUGUUAGAAGCCGUCACACAAAAGCUCAAGGCUCAGGGCUUCGCCAUGAAGCAGGUCGACCUCCGGGGCCGAUUCCAUUAUCCCGGACACGCACGAGCAGUCGAGACGCUCCGCCGGCUGGCAGAUUCAAACCCUGACUUUCAGCUCCCGCAUACCGACGCGCUGCUUGCGCCUGUGUACUCGAAUGUCAAUGGGAAGCCGUUUCCUGAAGGGCCAAUCGGCGACACGCUCAUCGAGUCGAUUCUUCUACAGCGGUGUGACUGGUACUCGACCAUGUCUGCUGCAUUUGCGGGUUUGACAUCGGAGGAUGCGACCGUCGUGCAAUUCGGCCCGGUCGAGUGUGUUCCUGCUUCUUUGUUGCGCAGGGCGCGCGCUUCAGUCCACAGAGUCACCAGCAUACCGGGGCAAGAACCAUCAAGCUCUGCAAUCCCCGCCACAAUAGAACGAGCAGGCAAAGCUGCAUCCGAACCCAUCGCAAUCAUUGGCAUGGCCUGCAAAGUCCCCGGCGCCGACAGUCUCGAGGAGUUCUGGGACCUUAUGAUGAAAGGAAUCUCCAUGUGCACGACAAUGCCCGAGGAACGCUUCAAGACAACAGGCCUGCGACGAUCCGAGGAUGGAAAACUAAAGUUCUUUGGGAAUUUCGUCAAAGACGUCGACGCAUUCGACCACCGCUUCUUCAAAAAGUCCUCGCGCGAGGCAGCGAGCAUGGAUCCCCAGCAGCGGCUGCUGAUGGAGGUUGCGUACCAGGCGAUCGAGUCGGCCGAGUAUACCGGCCCCGCGGGGAACAGAGCGAAGCGGGAUAUCGGGUGCUAUAUCGGGGCCUGUUCAAAUGACUACAACGACAAUGUCGCGUCGCACCAGCCGAACGCGUUUUCGAGUCUGGGGACGCUCAGGGCAUUCCUGUCGGGGAAGAUCAGCCAUUUCUUUGGCUGGACGGGGCCGUCGAUUACAUAUGAUACGGCGUGCUCUUCGUCUGCUGUUGCCAUUCAGGCGGCUUGCAUGGCACUUCAGAUGGGCGAGUGUUCGAUGGCUCUCGCUGGAGGUGUGAGUUUCUAUACGAACCCCUUCUUCUAUCAGAAUCUGGCCGCUGCGUCGUUUCUCAGUCCAACGGGGCCGACAAAGCCUUUUGAUGCAAGGGGGGAUGGGUACUGUCGUGGGGAAGGUGCUGGUCUGGUGUUUCUGAAGCCUCUUUCUGUUGCAGUGGCCGAUGACGAUAAUAUCCUGGGUGUCAUCGCUGCUGCGGCCGUCAAUCAGAAUGAGAACUCGACGUCAAUCACCGUGCCGCAUACCGGGUCCCAGAUCGAGCUUUACCAAAAGGUAGUAUCGGACUCUGGCCUCCACGCCCACGAUAUCACCUAUAUCGAAGCGCACGGCACAGGCACACCGGUCGGAGACCCCAGAGAAAUCACCAGCAUCCGCGAGGUAUUCGGCGGUUCCGAUCGAUCUGACACACUGGCCAUCUCUUCGGUGAAGGGCAACAUCGGACACCUGGAAGGCGCGUCUGGCGUCGCGUCGCUGAUCAAGACGAUUCUGAUGAUGCACCACGGCACGAUCCCCAUGCAGGCAAACCACACGCAGCUGAAUCCCAAAAUUGAGGCAUUAGAGCAGGACAAAAUGCUCAUCCCUCUGACGAACCAGCCAUGGAACGCGAAAUUCAAGGCUGCGUGUAUCAACAAUUAUGGUGCAGCUGGAAGUAACGCGGCGAUGAUUGUGUAUGAGCCUCCGAACAUGCGCUCAAAAUCUCAGCAGUUGUUACCCAAAUAUCCAAUCGUCGUGGCGGCCAACUCGAGUUUGAGUCUCAAAUCGUACUGUUCUGCGUUGCUGCAGUCGGACAUGUCUCUGCCGGAUCUCGCCUUCCACCUUGCAAACCGACAGAAUCGCUCCUUCCCAUAUGUACUGAUCACCUCCGUCUCCUCUCAGAAUGAGCUGCGCGAGCACCUUUCCGCGGUUGUCGAAGAUCGAAGUAGCUCAUUGCAACAGGCUGCUCCUACUGCUAAGCCAGUCGUACUUGUCUUUGGGGGGCAGACCAGUACAUCCAUCGGUCUAAGUCGGGCGGUAUAUGAUUCGUCGGCCCUACUACGCUCGCACCUAGAAAAAUGCGACAGGAUCCUCCGAUCAACAGGGCUGAAGAGCAUCUUCCCCGCCCUUUUCCAGACCGAACCCAUCACUGACGUGGUCCUCCUGCACUCGGCGCUCUUUUCGGUACAGUACGCAUGCGCCAUGUCAUGGAUAGACGCAGGCCUCGCCCCGUCCGCCCUGGUCGGCCACAGUUUCGGCCAACUGACUGCCCUCGCUGUUAGCGGUGUGCUGUCGUUGAAGGACGGGAUAGCCCUUGUAACAGGGCGCGCUUGGCUGAUGCAAACGGCGUGGGGGCCGGAGACCGGCGAGAUGAUUUCGAUUCUAGCGGAUCUGCACACCGUCACCCGGCUGAUCACCCAACCGGACGUGAGUGGCAAUGGCAAUGGGGAUUUGGAAAUCGCCUGCUUCAAUGGGCGGACCAGUCAUGUUGUCGUUGGCAAUGCAGAGGCCGUCGAUCGUCUUCAGGGGCUACUUGAUGGCGAGGGAAUCCGGUACAAGCGGCUUAAUGUCUCGCACGGUUUCCACUCGAAAUUCACGGAGCCCAUUCUACCAGGGCUAGAAGAAUGCGUUCGGGGUCUCACCUUCCGUGAACCGCGAGUUCCAAUCGAAACAUGCUCCAAGGACGCAUCCUGGUCGGAAUUCGACGCGGCCAAGAUUGUGCAACACACGCGCACCCCUGUAUACUUUGCGCAAGCAAUCGACCGAGUCACAGCCCGGCUGGGCGCCUGUACCUGGCUGGAAGCUGGUUUCGGAUCUUCCGUGACGGGGAUGAUCCGCCACUCGCUCGAGGCGCCGGCUUCACAUCUUUUCCAGCCGGUGCAACUCGGCGGCGACAACGCUGUAGCCGCCCUGGCGGACACGACGGUCGCACUCUGGAGGGCUGGGCACCGCGUGCAGUUUUGGCCGUUUGAUCGCUGCGAGAGGGCUUCGUACUCUACUAUGGGGUUGGGCAUUCCACCGUACCAGUUUGAGAAGAACCGGCACUGGCUCGAUUGGAAGGAUACAGUGAACGAGGCGCCAGCUCCUACGGCCAAGGAGACUCCUAGUGAAUUCUUGACGUUUGUCAAUGGGGACGACAAGGCUGCUGAGUUUAGGGUCAGUACGCAGCAUGAGACGUACUUGUUUUUCGUCAAGGGCCAUGCUGCGAUUGAGCAGCCACUGUGCCCUGCGCCCCUUUACCUUGACCUGGCGUCUCAGGCGUCUAGAAUCGUUUCGUCAACUUCCGACAAGGACGACUCGCGGCCGAGUAUCGAAGACCUCGAUAUCCAAGCCCCGCUGGGUGUGAGCGACCGUGUGAUUAUCCUCCGGCUCCAGCAGUCAUCCACCCCACAAUCCUCGUGGAAAUUCAGCUUCACCAGCAAGCCGACCAAUGGCAGUGCAGACGAACAAUUACACGCGACUGGCAUUGUAAUUGUACCCGCCAGCGACUCCAGAACAGCAGACGAGUUCGCCCGCUACGGCCGCCUGGUCAGUAUCAAACGGUGCCGCGAGCUGUCGUCUGAUCCCGAAUGCCAGGCGCUGCAGGGACCGGUCGUCUACCAGCUCUUCAGCAAGGUCGUCACCUACGCCGACUACUACAAGGGCGUGCAGAGCGUCUAUGCAUCCGGUGGGCAAGUCACCGGCCGAGUGCGGUUACCGCAAAUCGCCAAAGACCCUGAGCUGCGCAGGCCAUUGCUGAUCGACAGUUUCAUCCAGACCUCUGGAAUCCACGUCAACUGUCUCUCCGAUGUUGGACCCAAGGAGGUCUUUGUUUGCAACAAGGUCGACCGGGUCCAGCUUGGUCCAGCUUUUACCACAGAGUCGGUGGUAGCGGAUGCCUCGUGGAUCGUGUACUCGUCUUCCCAUGCGAUCAGCGACAGGGAGGUGUCGAAUGAUAUCUUUGUGUUUAAUGCCACCACCGAAGAGCUGGUUGUGUUUAUACUAGGGGCUCGGUUUACGAGGGUCUUGAUAUCCUCCCUCCUUCGCGUUCUCUCGCGUGCGAAUGCAGCUGACGGUGCUCCGGCGAAGUUCUCAACUGAAAAGCCUGUCAAAGCGCAGGUCAAGGUACAAGCGGCAAAGCCGGUUGCUCCUCCACCUGUAUCCAAGAUUGCAGUUCCAGACGUCAUAUCCAAGCUGAAGACAAUCCUCAGCGAGAUCGUUGAAGUCCCCGUUGCAGAUAUCCGAGACAGUCAUGUCCUCGCGGACCUUGGAGUCGACUCUUUACUAGGAACAGAGGUACUGAACGAGAUCAACGAUGCGUUCAACGUCUCCAUCACACCAGGGGAAUUUGACGUAAUGGCCGACGUGGCCUCCAUUGCUAAAUCCCUACAAGCGUUUACCGGUGUCCAAGAUAGUGGUUACGACUCAGAGGGCGUGGCCGAGUCGGUGUGUUCGAGCUCAGAUGUCUGCUCUGGCACUUGUGUUACGCCGGCCAUUACUACGCCAGAUGACUCUGUAGCAAGGCUUGCGGACUUGGUCGCUGGUCACUUGGAGUGUGAUGAGGUUACUGAAGCAAGCAAUCUCGCAGAUCUUGGGCUCGACUCCAUUCUGAGCAUCGAAUUGGCGACUGAUAUCAAAAAGAUAUUUGGCUUCGAGAUUGACGUGUCGCAACUGGACACGAAAUCAACCUUUUCAGAUCUGGUUACCCUUGCCCUGCCAGGGUAUGGAGAGGCAGCUCUACCUGCUGUCCCACCCCCUGCCCCGGUAAUGGCCGCGAAACAGGGAAAAAACAGCGAUAUUGCCAUGGAGACGGUCCUAUUCAAGCAGGCGGAGCAGACGCCAUUAUAUGCCGACAUCUACUAUCCCCCUGCUGUUUCUGACACACCACGGCCCAUUGCCCUGAUGGUCCACGGUGGCGGCCACAUUAUGCUCUCGCGCAAAGACAUCCGACCCAGGCAGACAGCACACCUGCACUCGCUUGGCUUCCUCCCCAUCUCCAUCGACUACCGUCUCUGCCCAGAGAGUCCUCUGAUCGACGGACCCAUGCGAGAUGUCUGCGACGCCAUAACCUGGGCACGCAAAACACUCCACACCAUUCCACUCGGCUGCCAGGGCUUAAAGAUCGACCCCUCUCGCGUCGUCCUCGUGGGCUGGUCCACAGGCGGCCACCUCGCCAUGACAACCGCCUACACAACAAUCGAGCGCGGCCUCGAAACGCCCGACGCAAUCCUCGCUUUCUACUGCGCGACCGAUUUUGAAGACCCCUUCUGGUCCCACCCAAACUACCCCGAGAACAGCGAAGCCCUCUCCAGACAGCCGUACAACCUCCUCGAGGGCGUCCAAAAACACCCCAUAACCGCGUAUAACGUCCCCUCGUCGGCCCGCGCAGUCGGAGGCUGGAUGGCGCCGCAAGACCCGCGCUCCCGUAUCGUCCUGCACAUGAACUGGAAGGGCCAAUUCAUGCCCGUCCUCCUCCGCGGCCUCCCGCACGCAGACAGCGUCUCAGAAUCCGAGGCGCAAGCCCUCCUCUGUCAACCCCAACCACCCCUAGAGGAAAUCCAGCGCGCGAGCCCCUAUGCACAGAUCAAAAACGGGAACUACCACACACCCACGUUUAUAAUCCACGGAACGGAGGAUGAUUUGAUUCCCUGGACGCAGAGUGUGCGCACGAUCGAGGCACUAAAGGCGCAGGGCGUGAGAGCGGACAUUGCGACUCCGCGGGGGAAGUUCCAUCUCUUUGAUAUGUAUCGGGAUCCCGAUGGGAGUUCGUGGGAGGUUGUGCGGAAAGGCUAUGAGUUUUUGGUGGAUGUUAUUUUCGGAAAGGAGUAAUUUACAUCCAUAUAAACAAAGAUGGGUUGGUAGGGCUUAGGGAGGUAGUUGUUCUUUUGUUUGGGUGGUAGAUCUGUGGUGCCUGGGAUUUAUAGAUUUCAAUAUCAUUUCGCUUUGGCUAUUGGACGCGAGAUGUCUGUCUAAAAGACUAGCGAAUCAAGAGCUAAGCUGUGCUGGCUUAUUCAGUAUCAAUAUUGAUAUUGAUAUUAUUGUUCAAAAUACCUCAGUGCAAU